AUGACUACAGACACAUCAAGAUGUCGUGAAUGCCCUACCACCACCGUUCCAGUCGCUAUUUGUGGAAUGGGAAUGAGACUCCCUGGUGGUGUUCGUGACGGUACAACUCUAUACGAGUUCCUCCUGAACGGAAGAGAUGCUCGGUCUUACACGGGAGACUCCCGGUAUGACGCUGAGAAAUUCUACGAUCCUUCCAGCCGACCGCGCACCAUACCGACAAAGCAUGGGUACUGGCUGCAUGACAUUGAUCUGGCUGACUUCGAUACAUCCAUGUUCAAAAUGUCUGCUCUCGAAGUGGAACGUCUGGAUCCCCAGCAGCGCCUACUGCUGGAGGUCGUGUGGGAAGCAAUGCAAAAUGCAGGCGAGACUGAGUGGCAAGGAAAAGAGAUCGGCUGUUACGUUGGGUCUUUUCGCGAAGACUGGCUACAAUUGCACCAUUCUGAUCCACAAGACGUAAACCCACAUGAAAUCAACGGGUCGAUGGACCUGGCAUUGGCUAACCGCAUAUCCUACGAGUUUGAUCUAAAAGGGCCGAGUAUGACAGUCAAGGUAGGCUGUUCGGGAUCUGGUAUCUGCCUGCAUUUGGCUUGCCAGGCCAUCGCACAAGGAGAUUGCACGUCUGCUGUAGUGGCAGGAUCCAACAUCAUUCUGAACCCGAAGAUGCAGCAGUCGCUAAAUGGGCUUAAUAUUUUUUCUGCUGAAGGAUCCUGCAAGACAUUUGACGCAUCGGCAGACGGAUACGCACGAGCAGAGGCAGUUAACGCCAUUUUUGUGAAGCGACUGGACGCAGCCAUUAGGGAUAGGAAUCCAAUUCGCGCUGUGAUACGAGCUACGGCCAGCAACAGCGAUGGGAGAACUCCUACAAUGGUGCGCCCAAGUGCAGAAGCGCAUGAACGGCUCAUCCGAAAGGCCUACCACAAUGCUGGUAUUGUGGAUUUCUCCGAGACUGCGAUGGUCGAGUGCCAUGGUACAGGCACGACUGUCGGAGAUUCAAUAGAGGCAACUGCUAUAGGAAGAGUGUUUGGUGAGAAAGGUGUUUAUAUCGGGUCGGUGAAACCAAAUCUUGGGCACGCAGAAGGCGCCUCUGCCAUCAACAGCAUUAUCAAAUCAGUUCUUUCGCUGGAGAAUGGCGUUAUCCUUCCCAACAUCAAGUUCGACAAACCAAAUCCGGACAUACCCUUCGAGGAAAAGAAGUUGACCGUGCCCAUGCAGGCGAUACCGUGGCCGGACAGCGCCCGAAGACGUAUCAGUAUCAAUAGUUUUGGUAUCGGAGGUUCCAACUUCCAUAUCAUUUUAGACUCAGCGGAAUCUUUUGGACUGGAGCUCGCUGGCUCGAGAGUUAUACCGGCCACCAUUGACGGUGGGAACGGGAACACCUACAGGCUCCUAACUUUCUCCGCGGCCCACCCGGAAUCUCUAGAUCGGAUUGUCGACAGCCAUAAAGACUACAUUAAGCGGUAUCCAUCUAGGCUUCCAAGUCUGGAGCUCACCCUCUUGAAUCACCGAGAACAUUUGCCGUACCGAGCGUAUUGUGUGACCACCGGGCUCGAGCCGUUUCAGGUUUCCUCUCCGUCAACAUGUAGACCGUCUAGUCAGGUCUGCUUUGUGUUCAACGGACAAGGCGGUCAGUGGGCCCAGAUGGGGAAGGAGCUGAUGGAGCAGUAUCCCUCCUUCCGCAAUGACAUCAAAAGGAUGGACGAGUACCUGAGUCGGUUGGAAGACGGCCCUAGAUGGACACUCGAAGCUGAACUACUCAAACCCAAAGAAACUAGCAACAUUGAUCUAGCCCCAUAUGCUCAGCCGCUCAGCACUGCGGUUCAAGUUGCCCUGGUCAACCUUCUAGCAACGUGGAACGUAACGCCAGCGAAUGUUGUUGGUCACUCCAGCGGCGAGAUUGCUGCUGCAUACACAGCCGGUGUGCUAAAUAUAGAAGAGGCUACUAUCGUCUCGUACUACCGAGGUCGAAUCUUUCAGGAUCGGCCCAGACGUGGCGCGAUGGUGGCUGUCGCAUUAGGACGGGACGAGAUCUCCUCGUACCUUAAGCCGGGCGUGGCUGUUGCGUGCGAAAACAGUGCAUCUAGUGUCACCCUUUCCGGUUACGAGGAGGCCCUCGAGACCAUCACAUCGGCAUUGCAAAUGGAGCGACCUGACGUCACUCUUCGGAGGUUGAACGUCGAUACAGCAUACCAUUCCCAUCACAUGGCUGAGGUCGCCAAAACCUAUUACGAGGCAAUUGCCCCCUAUAUCAGACCCAAGCCACCAAUUGUUGGAUUCUGGUCAACUGUGACAGGAUCAGCCCUUCCCGUGGUUGAGUCAGUAGGCCCAAAAUAUUGGCAGACGAAUCUAGAAAACCCAGUGUUGUUCUCUUCGGCUGUCACAUCUCUUCUGGCCGACGACAGCAAAAACCAUCUGUUUCUGGAAAUCGGACCUCAUCCGACGCUCUCCGCUCCACUAAAGCAGAUUCUCCGAAGCUCAUCGCUAGAAGGUAAAUGUAUUUACGUGCCUACGUUGAAGCGGUGGCAGAAUAGUACGGAAUGUUUCUUGGAGGCCGUGGGCCAACUCUUUGCCAAAGGUAUCGAUGUCCGCUGUCCGACGACUUCCACCGACGCUAUGGUUCUAACCGAUCUACCGACGUAUCCGUGGCACUAUGAAAGAAAAUUUUGGCAUGAGUCGAGAGUUAUGAGAUCUGCAAGACUCCCCAAGUCGCGAUUUCAUGAGAUUCUUGGCCAGCGCACAUUGGAGGACAAUGAACUAUUUCCGACUUGGAGGAUCAUGCUUCAGCUAGGAGAUGUCCCUUGGCUCAGGGACCACUGUGUCCAUCACGACGUCAUCUUUCCUGCCGCUGCAUACAUCUCAAUGGCAGGGGAGGCUGUCCGUCAGUUGACGGGAGAAUCCGAUUAUACGCUGAAAGACAUUGUCUUUCAUACAGCCUUGCUGCUCCCCGACACAGGAUAUACAGAGAUCAUGACAGUUUUCGAGAGCCAGCGUCUGACAAAUACAUCAGAUUCGAGGUGGUACAGGUUCACUAUCUCAUCCUACGACGGAUCCAAUUGCAAGAAACAUUGCACAGGUCUAGCUUGCGGAGGCUGUACAUCAACGUAUCCUGACCCAACACCUUACGACCUUCCUAGAAGGGUUCAUGAAGAUCGAUUCUACAAGAGUCUCACCAAGGCUGGCUUUCACUAUGGGCCCAGCUUUAAAAAGAUCGGGCGAAUUUUUACCGGCGUCGUGGAGUCCAUGGCACGGGCGACUGUUAUUGACAAGCAGCAAGCUGGCGAAUCCCAGUAUCCCAUUCACCCAACUACUUUGGACUCUAUAUUCCAGUCAUUAAUUCUGGCUGGCUGUAAGGGAGAUCUCCGGUUACUGCAUCAGAUGAGCCUGCCAACGUCAAUCGAAGAAAUUUUUGUUGGCAAUGCGGCAGGGAAGUCGAUCCAAGUCUCCAGCAGCACACAGGAAUAUCCUUUGGAGAUGGCCAAAGGGAAUUCUCAUGCAUACGUGCAUGGUCACCUGGUAUUAUUCAUGAAAGGACUCGGUACACGCCCACUUGAAGCAUCAGAACUAAAGUCAAUAGACUACAAUGUGGCGUACCUGCAGUGGGCGCCCGACCUCAAUUUCCAGGAACCGAAAUCGCUGAUCAAAGUGAAGGUGCCGAACGAAAGGGAUCAAGUGCUCGGGGAAACGCUUUUCCUUCUGUGUGCAUUGAAUGCCAGGCAGGAUCUCGAGAGGGCUUCUCCAGCACACCCGCAUCUGUGCAAAUAUCGAGAUUGGGUAAUCCGUCAGUUAGAAAAGGCGUCAAAGUCAUCAAAUGCUUUGGUGGAAAAUUCUGCAGCCCUGUUUGCGUUAGGGCCUGAAGACAUAGAGCACAUGAUCAAGACGAUAGUUGAUGAAGGCAAGUCCACGGACAGCCGAAUAGUCUCUGAGCUGAUGCUUAAGAUCUACAACUCUUUUCCGCGGCUAUUCGAUGGCUCGUUGGAACCGUUGUCCAUUCUCCUAGAGAACAAUGCGUGGGAAAACAUGUAUAACCUAUGCAGCAAGACAUGGGACUAUCGUCCAAUAUUUUCUGCCAUGGGUCACCUGAAACCACAAAUGAAGAUCCUCGAGGUCGGAGGCGGUACUGCAAGUCUCUCAGAGAACAUACUGCAGUACUUGCAAUCCGACUUUGGAGAACCCCUCUAUCAGGUGUACACAUUCACAGACGUCUCAAACGGUUUUCUUUCGCGCGCGAAGCAGAGGCUUGAGCAGUAUCCCAACGUCACAUAUCAACUUCUGGAUAUUACAAAAGAUCCAGAACAACAGGGGCUUGAGAGGGAGACUUAUGAUCUGAUCAUUGCGUCCAACGUCCUGCACGUGACUCCCAGUCUUGAUGAGGCAUUGACAUAUAUCCGAAGUUUGCUUCGACCGGAUGGCCGUCUUUUUCUGCAGGAGUUAUGCUCCAGCUCAAAAGUCAUCAACUCCAUAAUGGGAAUACUCCCUGGUUGGUGGGAGGGAGAAAAUGAUGGCCGAGUGGAAGAGCCAUAUGUUACUCCAGAGGAAUGGAAUUCGAGGCUGUGUAAGGCCGGCCUCUCUCAAAUUGAAGCAUUGGUCAGUGAUGCAGAGCCCCCAUACAGGGUCAAUGCAACUAUUAUAGCUCGACCUGUACGUCAAAAAGCCAUCUCCGGAUGGGUUUCACUGCUAUCCAAGACUUCUAUCCAUCAGGCAGCCCGCGACGCGGAGAGUAUAUUACUCGAAAUGGGAUUCCAGGUUCAGCAUGUUCUCUGGGGAAAUCAAAUCCCCCCUCACCAUGACAUAAUCUCAUUCAUUGAAUUGGAAGAACCAUUAUUUGAUGACAUCGACGAGACAAACAUGCGAACUUUUUUGAGUCUCCUUAAUUCGUCAAAAAAUGCCAAAUUACUCUGGCUUAUGAAGCCUGCACAGGUGUGCCCAAGUGAUCCACGAUUUGCACUGUCACUUGGGAUGGCAAGAACCAUUCGAGCGGAGCUUGGCAUCACUUUCGCAACUUUGGAACUGGAUGAUUUCACAUCGAACUCCUCGUUAAGGGCCGUCGCCAAGGUUUUCGAAAGCAUCCAAGGGAAAAAUGAGCAAAUGGAAGGUUUCAACCCCGACAUGGAGUAUGCUUAUACGCAAGGAUCUGUGCACGUAGGCCGAUAUCACUGGGUUCCACUUUUGAAGGAGCUCGAGAGCCGGGCUGCUCCUGACAGUGCCAAGGAAUUGGUUGUGGGCAAACCUGGUCUACUGCAAACAUUGGAAUGGAGACCGAGGACACUCUACGAACUGCCGCCACAAGGUGUGCAAAUCAAGGUACACACAGCGGGGUUGAACUUCAAAGACGUACUCCUUGCCUCUGGGAUCAUCAAUAUUAGCGCUGAAACUGCCGUUCUUGGUGCGGAAGCGAGCGGCAUUGUGACCGCAAUCGGCUCGGAAGUGAGCCAUGUCAGUGUCGGGGACCGGGUGAUAGCCCUAGCGUCCUAUACGAGCACCAUGGCAUCGGAAUUCCAGACCAUGAGCACUCACUGCAUAAGAAUCCCUGAUAGCCUUGGAUUAACGGAAGCUGCCACUAUGCCUUGUGUAUACCUCACAGUGCUUCGAGCACUUGUUGACAAAGCCCACCUGCAAAAGGGGCAGUCUGUGUUGAUCCACAGUGCUACUGGUGGCGUUGGUAUUGCCGCAGUCACUGUCGCACGCUGGAUUGGGGCAGAGGUGUAUGCAAGUGCUGGAACAGACGAGAAAAGGGCGUUCUUGUCACGCCGGUUUGGCAUCCAAUCAUCCCAUGUGUUCAACUCUCGGGAUGGCAAAUUUGUCAGCCAACUUAUGGCUGUCACUUCGGGACGAGGCGUGGAUGUCGUUCUUAAUAGUUUAUCAGGAGAACUGCUCCAUGCAUCAUGGAAAUGCGUUGCCAGCGGUGGCUGCAUGAUUGAGCUCGGAAAACGAGACAUACUUGGAAAUGGGGAUCUGGCGAUGUCUCCUUUCAAUGACAACCGUUCCUUCAUCGGUGUGGAUCUCGCUCAUCUAGCGAUAACCGACCCUUUGACUAUCCAGAGAUUGCUGAAGGAAUUGAUCAGGCUUUAUGAAAACGGCGAUAUUGAGCCGAUUGCCCCCACGAGAAAGUUUGGUUCUAUGCAGGCGCGGGAUGCCUUCCAGCAUUUAAGACGAGGCCAGCAUAUUGGAAAGGUAGCACUCGCUAUAGCCGAAGGCGAUGAGCCGGAAUUGGCUCCCAUUGUGCCUAGCGUAUCAUUCCGAAAAGACGCUUCCUACCUCCUCAUUGGGGGCUUAGGAGGUAUAGGAAGAUCGAUUGCCACCUGGAUGGCGUCACACGGGGCCGGCAAUCUUGUCUUUCUUUCCCGGUCUGGGGGCAAGUCGGAAGACGAUCGACUUUUCUUCACAGAGAUAGAAGCCCUCGGCUGCUCGGUGCAGAUCUUCAAUGGAGAUGUUAGUAAGAAGGAGGACGUGGAGCACGUUGUUUGCAACACAAGGAGACCUAUAGCUGGUAUGAUCCAUACGGCUAUGGUGCUCUCAGAUACAGCUGUGCUUGAAAUGACUCCUGAUAAAUGGAAAACUGCCGUGGACCCCAAGGUCCAAGGUGUAUGGAAUUUGCACAAUGCGCUUCCGGACGACCUAGAUCUUUUUGUUCUUCUUGGUUCACUUUCCGGAGGCAUUGGUUUUUACGGGCAAUCCAACUAUGCGGCGGCAAACACCUUCCUCAAUGCCUUCGUGCAAUUUCGUCAUAGUCUUAACCUACCUGCUUCUGUGGUCGAUCUCGGUGCUGUGCAAGACGUGGGAUUCGUCAGCCGCCACCCGGAAAUUCUGAGAAGGGCCGAAAAUAUCUUCGGCCAUCUGAUCUCUGAGCACGAGUUGUUGAAUACUUUGCAACUUGCCAUGACCCGGUCUCGAGCAGAAUUUUCGGCGGUAGAUGUGACCCGCUCGACAUCAAGAUAUUGCAAUAUGAGUCAGAUUGCUGUCGGGUUGGUUCCGGCCGCUACAACCUCGUUUGUGGCACGCGAUCCGCGAUUGGCAGUCUACUUUAACCUAAGAAAAGACCAGACCGUACGAAAACAAAGAGGUUCCAUGGUUGGCAGGUUUUUAGUCGAUGCAAAAGCCGAUCCAACAAUCCUCUAUGGUCAGAACUCAGCCAGCAUUGUUGCCAAGGAGAUCCAACAACAGGUUCAAAGUCUGAUGAUGAUUGAAGGGCAAAGUGAUUUCGAACUUGCGACACUCAGCCAACUCGGUGUCGAUUCCCUUGUGGGCGUCGAACUAAAAAACUGGUGGAGAGCCUCUUUCGGAGUUGAAGUGACUCUUCUGCAGUUGCUCAAUGCUGACAGCUUCCAAAAGCUUGGUGAGCUUGCGGUUGAUCAGCUGAAAGAGCUUCACCAGCGAGAAAUGGUGUCAACGGAUUGGAAGAGUAACGACAAGCAAUCCAAGUUACCAGAGUGUUUUGCCGAUAGUCUGGAAGUCGCUGCUUGUCCACAGGUGCAGGAUGCUAAUAAUGCCAGCAGCCUCCCUGAAUUAUUAAACACUCAUCUUGAACUAUUUCAAGAGAGCCGUGGAAAUAUGUCCUUCGACAAACAGACACAAGAUGAUCGGUAUGUUGUCAUCCUCACCGGCUCGACAGGAUCUUUGGGGUGCUAUAUUCUGUUCGAGCUCCUUCAGAUCCACAGUAUUCUCAAAAUCUAUUGCCUCUGUCGGUCUGAUGAUGCUGCGGGUCGACAAAUACGCAGCUUCCGGCUUCGGGGCCUCGACAUCCCUGAUGGCCUUGAGGAUCGAGUUGAAUUCAUCCAUGCUGACCUCCCGGCCCCCAACCUAGGCAUUCCAGAUACAAAAUAUGAGGAACUGAGAUUAUCGGUAAACUCUAUUAUUCACUGUGCCUGGGAUGUAAACUUUUUGAAGCCGUUGGCCGCCUUCGAGCCGAUACACAUACAAGGGUUUUCUCGCCUAUUAGAGCUUAGCCGCUGCUGUCGAUACAGGGCCCAUGUACACUUCAUGUCCUCAUUGGCAACCGUGUUGGCCAGCAAGACACCAUCGCUCUCACCAAUUGCUGAGACCCCGAACGAAAUGCCGAGUUUGGUUUGGCCAAGCGGGUACGCCGAGUCGAAAUACAUCGCCGAACGGAUGUGCGCUCUUGCAUCCAGUAACUGGGGGAUCCCCACCACGAUUUACCGAAUUGGACAGAUCGCCGGUAGCAGAAGCGGUGGGAUUUGGAACAAAGCCGAAUGGUUCCCUUCAUUGGUCCUGACGUCGAAGACAUUGGGCAAAGUCCCUAGGUCAUUGGGACCCAGGGAAAUCGAUUGGCUGCCUGUGGAUCAAUUGGCCAAGGCUAUCAGCGAAAUCUUUGAAUCAAGAUCACCUGCCGGAGCUUCCUCCGCAGCCGUGUUUCACCUGGUCAAUCCACACAAAACCCGUUGGGAGUCACUUUUACCUGUGAUUGAGGAGAAGUAUCCGGUAGAGGCUGUGGAAUUUGGGUGUUGGCUCGACGAAUUGGUGAAGUUUGACCACGCCACUACGGACGCCAAGGAGAGAUUGCCCUUACUGAACCUACUGCCACUGGUCCGGCAGAUGGCAGACCUAAUCAACCAGGGAUGGCUCGCACCGUUAAUCGAUACCAAGCAAAGUGAGACGGCGAGCGAGACUCUGCGGGAAAUGGACCGCAUUAGCCCAGAAAUGAUGAAACGGUGGCUUCAAAAAUGGGACUUUUGA